UAGUUUCAUUUAUGCCUGCAAAAUAUUUCUCAGAGGGUAUUCCAGAGAAUAUCAUACAUUUCUUCAGUAUCUCCUCAAGUGAAUUUUCCUCACCAGCCUUCGAUUCAAAGGAGCUCGAUCCACUCAUGGCAAACCCUCUCCCUGCAACAAUAACAGACCCAAAGAAGCAGCAGCCCUCUGAGAAGAAUGAACAACGCCCAACGGAGGGCUCAGUGCCUCUGCAGAGCAUCAAGUCAAAGAUCUUCAAAGGGGUGUCUUACGUCUCUGGAGACAUGAGGGUCUUUGGAGAAUGGAUGAAAGGACAGUUCAUCCUGUUGCAGAUCCUUGACUGGGUGCUUCGGGGUGCCGCCCAGGUGAUGUUUGUCAAUAACCCCCUGAGCGGCCUAAUCAUUUUCGCCGGACUGAUUCUUCAGAACAGGUGGUGGGCACUCAACGGCUUUGUGGGCACCCUGUUCGCCACCAUCUCUGCCCUCAUUCUUCAACAAAACAGGGGAGCCAUCGCAGCUGGUCUGUAUGGAUACAAUGGAAUCCUGGUGGGACUUCUUAUGGCGGUGUUCUCUAACGCGGGAGACUGGUACUGGUGGCUGCUGCUUCCAAACAUCUUCCUGUCAAUGGCAUGCCCCAUCGUGUCAAGUGCCCUGGCCUCAAUCAACAGCCGCUGGGAUCUGCCCGUCUUCACCUUGCCGUUCAACAUUCUUGUAUGCUUGCAUAUGGUGGCCACCGGUCACUACAACCACCACUUCCCUCAAGUGCUCAUCCAGCCCAGGUCCUCCCUCCCCAACAUCACCUGGUCUGAGGUGGACGUGGCAAAGCUCUUCCAAUCUAUCCCUGUGGGAAUAGGACAGGUGUAUGGAUGUGACAACCCUUGGACUGGAGGGAUUUUCAUAAUUUCCUUGUUUAUUUCCUCUCCCAUCACUUGUGCACAUGCAAUCAUUGGUUCAACUGUUGGCAUGUUGUCAGGCCUGGCUCUUGCGGCACCCUUCGAGAGCAUUUACUUUGGACUGUGGGGCUACAACUGUGUGUUGGCCUGCAUUGCCAUUGGUGGAAUGUUUUACGCCCUCACCUGGCAGGUCCAUCUGCUGGCCAUCACCUGUGCAUUUUUCUGUGCAUAUCUGGGCUCUGCCACCGCAAAUCUCAUGUCUAAUUUUGGGCUUCCUGCCUGCACAUGGCCCUUCUGCCUGUCCGCUCUGACCUUCCUGCUGAUGACCACGGAGACGAACACCAUCUAUAAGCUUCCACUAGCCAAGGUGACAUACCCUGAAAAGAAUCUGCAUUACUUCUGGAAAAUGAAAAAGGCGGAGAAAGCCGAGAAGCUGAAGAAGGAGCUAGAGGAGAUGCAGAGGGUGAAAAGAGAAGAGGGGGAGAAAUCGGAGAAAGAGGAAGGGUUCAAGCUCGACAUGCUGAACACUGAGAAGGGCAGGUCUGACGCAUGUAUGGUGACGGUGGAGGGGGUGGAAGAUGUGCCAACAGAUAACUCAAUGGGCGUGACUGAUAACAAAGCAGAUACUGAAGAUAUGUUUUAGUCAGUUAUUUAAAUCUGAAGGCUGCACCAAGACCUAAUUUUCUUCAUGAGCGUGAGCAGCGUAAGCAGACUUUUCCUUGACAUUUAUCAUUUGUUGACUCUCAACUGAAAAAUACAUGUUCAAGACGAGGCUUUGUUCUGGGGAAUAAUGUCCUUGAAGUGUUUUCUCUGAGUAAUAUUCAUGUAACUUCGACUCACAUAUACAUAUGAAGCCAGUACAUUAUUUCCUGAUUUAACCGCCAUUACAGGCACCUGGUUUAACGUAAUCAAAAAACUUUGUUUCUUGAAUGAAGUAAGGGGGGAUUCGUAUAUAUCCAGCCAUUCACACAGCCCCAAGAUUAACAGGGUUUCUUGCCUUAGGGUUAAGGUCAGGCUGUCACGGUGCUGCAGGUCCCCUUGUGACCAUGACAUACCUAGAUUGCAUGCACUACAUACUGGUUCAUUUCAAGAUGGAAUGGGUUGAUAGAAGCCAGUUUCGCGAUUAGGUUAUAAUGGGAACAGAAAAACUCUUCCUUCUGUGAGAUGCUUGUCUAUCUCAGACAUUUGAAUCAGUUAUUGCGAUAACGCUAAAAAGAGCAGACUGAACCUCAAAGAGGAACAAUCUGUGUUGUGUUAUAGUGACACAUGUGUUCAUCAUUGGUUAGUGUGGCUUUGAUAAAACACAGAAUUUCCAGAGGCACACUGAUUUAACUACCGUAGUCAGGCUAUGAGUAUAAAAACAAUAUUCUAAUUUGGUUGCAAAAGCGCUUGUUUUAACACCUGUUACAUGAUGCGCAUAGAAUGGGUCCAUGUAAUUUGGUUAUACUUGUCUGAUGGAAAUUUGAGAACAUAUGUCUUUAUAUGUAUAAAAUUUACAUUUCGUUUUUUAUAUG